AAACACACUGAUUAAAUGCCACAGUGUUGCAGUGAUUUGAGUAAAUAACAAGUGUUUAUAUUAAAUCAAAAUGCACGUAAAAGUGCCUGAAGUAGAGAAAUGUUGCUUUUGCAUUCCUUUAAGAGGGGGGAUUAUUAUAUUUGGAUAUAUUAAUAUAAUAUUGUCGGUAUGCGCGGUGACAUGCCUCGUUAUCAGGACCGAGCUGCAGCGGCUGUCGGUGACAAACGACGCCUCUCUAGAAGUCGUCACCUCCACCGUAUUGUUCAGUAUACUAGGUAUGGGCGUCAUACUGAACAUACUGCUACUUGUAGCCGGAUAUCAGAGAGAUUUGUUAAUGUUACGAUUGUAUAAUUAUUAUGCUGUGGCAACAACACUGGCAGCUCAGGUGCCUAUAUUCAUGCUGCUUUCCCGGGGGAUGCUUUUUGAGGUUUUCACAGCGCUCUUUGCUUUACUAAUGCAGUGCUACGUGAUUGUGUUGGUGCGCAGCGAGGUAAUGAAGCUGGAGCAAGAGGAGAUGGAACACGAGGAGCUCGCGGAGAACCAGCUGACGGUCGUAGUUCCUGAUAGUGUUACUUUGUUAUAACAAUGAUUACGUUUACAGAUGACAUUAAAUAUUUAAAAAAAAACACGAUUCCU